AUGUUCCUACCUCCCGGCUUUCAAACCGAGAAGCCAAAUCAAGUAUGCAGGCUGCUUCGUUCCCUAUAUGGCCUUAAGCAAGCAAGCCGCCAGUGGAAUGCUAAACUAAGUACUGCUCUGUCUGACAUGGGCUUCAUCCAAUCCAAAGCUGAUCCAUCGCUAUUCACAAAAGGGCAAGGUGGCAGGUUCAUAGCAGUUCUUGUAUAUGUGGAUGACAUAUUGGUCACAUGCCCUGACUUAGGCAUGAUCAAAAAUCUAAAGGCAGUGCUCGAUGAUGCCUUUAAAAUCAAAGAUUUGGGGGUGCUGGGGUACUUCCUAGGAAUUGAAGCAAAACUAGAUGAUUCAGGCUUAAAUAUUUGUCAAAGGAAAUAUGCUCUUGACAUCUUAGCUGAGACAGGUUUUCUGGAAUCUAAGCCAGUGAACACUCCAAUUGUGCCUGGAUAUCAUCUUAGUCAUAGUGAUGGUGAACCUCUCAAUGAUGUGAAUGGUUAUAGAAGACUUGUCGGUCGCUUGUUGUAUCUCACAACCACAAGACCGGAUAUCACUUAUGCGGUGCAGCAAUUAAGCCAAUUCAUCGAUACCCCAACUGACAAGCAUCUAAGUGCUGCUCAUAGAGUACUUAGAUACAUCAAGAAUGCACCAGGACAAAGAUUGUUAUAUCCCAGAGAUGGCACUCUACAACUCAAUGUUUUCAAAGAUUCAGAUUGGGCUGCUUGCAUAGAAACACGUAAGUCUAUAACUGGCUACUGUGUAUUCCUUGGAUCUGCUCUCAUAUCUUGGAGAUCAAAGAAGCAAGCUACGGUUUCUAGAUCCUCAUCUGAAGCAGAAUACCGAGCACUUGCCUCCACCAUUUGUGAAGUACAGUGGAUUACAUUUCUACUUGAAGAUAUGCAGUCUACCAUGCAAAGGCCAGCAGUUUUUUUCUAUAACAACAAAUCAGCUGUAGCAAUGGCCGAAAACCAUGUCUUUCACGAGAGGACAAAGCACAUCAAGAUAGACUGUCACCUUGUUCGUGAGAAGGUCUCGAAUGGUUUGAUCAAACUCCUAUUGGUCUCAUCAACAAAUCAGGUGGCAGAUGGAUUCACAAAGCCUUUACCCGCCAAUCUGUUCAGAAGUUUCAUAUCUAAGUUGGGCAUCCAGGACCUGCAUGCGCCACCUUACGGGGGUGUUGGAGAAUAG